UUGAUCUCGAAAAUUCUAUCAUGCUAUUGGUGAAAGUAUAAAUACAGGUCAGCGCGUCUACGCGGCAGUUUCGAACACUACUGUGAAGUGGCAAACAUUGGUGCGUGUAAAAAACGUUUCAAAUGGUCGGAAUAGGAAUUGAUUUGGGUACUACCAGUUCGUGUGUGGCGGUAUGGAAGAAAGGUUCAGUGGAAGUUAUAACAAAUGAGCAAGGUAACAGAACGACGCCAUCUUUCGUCGCGUUUACGACCCGGGAACGUCUCAUUGGCGAGGCAGCAAAGAAUCAGGCGACUUCAAAUGCGACAAACACAAUUUUUGGCGCGAAACGCUUGAUAGGUCGUCGUUAUGACGACGUUUCGGUGCAAAUGGAUUUACGCCAUUGGCCAUUCGAAGUAAUCAACGACAAGGAUACUAUAAAAUAUGUGGAGCAAGCUUUAAAAGAAGCAAGAAUGAAGAAAGAAGAUAUCAAUGAUGUUAUACUUAUUGGGGGUAGUACGAGAAUACCAAAGAUAAGAAGAUUAGUUCAAGAAUAUUUCGAUGGAAGAUCAAUAUCAUCAACAUUGAAUCCAGAAGAAGCAGUGGCUUGUGGUGCUGCGAUCCAAGCUGCUAUAUUAUCUGGUGAAAGGCACAAGAAGAUACAGGAUCUUUUACUUGUCGAUGUUGUGCCAUUAUCACUAGGUGUUGAAACAGCUAGGGGAAUGAUGUAUAAGAUAGUUGAUCGUAACACACCAAUCCCUUGUCGUCAGACCAAAGAUUUGACAACAUUAGAGGAUUACCAAAGAAGUAUGACCAUAGAGGUGUUUGAGGGUGAAAGAGCAUUGACCAGAGACAAUAAUUUAUUAGGUGUCUUUGAAUUGGAUAACAUACCACCAGCUCCAAGAGGUAUUGCUGUAGUAGAUGUAACUUUUGAUAUUGAUGCUAAUGGAAUAUUAUCAGUUUACGCACAAGAUAGAAGUACGGGCAACAAAAACGGAUUAAUUGUGACAAAUGAACAUCGAUUGAACCAGCAAGAGAUUAAUAAAAUGAUAGCAGAUGCUGAGGCAUUCAAAGAAGAAGAUAGAGAGAAUAAAAGAAGAUUAGAAGUGAGGAAUCAACUGGAAGGAUAUGUUUAUAGCGUGAAACAAACUGUGUCGGAGAAUAUCGAAAUGUUAUCUGUCAAAGAAAUAUCAACAUUGACUAAGGAAUGCAAAGAUGCUAUAGAAUGGUUGGAAUUGAAUCCAGAUUGCUUGAGAGAAGAGUAUGAGAGGAAGAUGUCAGAGUUACUGACACAUUGGUCUUUUGUUAUGAGAAGAUUUAACUCCAUUCGACAUACAGCGAAGAGGCAAAAAAGUGAUAAUACAGAAGAAAAUGACACAGCUAUAGAAGAAGUGGAGAAUGAUGAAUGAAUAAUUUUAAAUCGAUGGUU